AUGUCGAACCUUUCUUCCGAAUUCCGCGAAUACGAGGCUGACAAUCUCGAAGCUCUCAUGGGUGAAGGGUCCGGACCCCAGAUUCAAUCCAGAGAUGGGUUUGAUCUUCACCCCCAGAGUGAAUCAACUAUCGAUUCCCUCAACGAUCUUCGUAGAUUAUGUCUCAUCCCUCCUGAGGUAGAGAUGGUAGUCCCGGAGCCCUGCGAGUCUCCGGAGUUGGGGCGAGAAGGUCCUCAGAUUCGACCAGUUCCAUCCGUCGACUUUCUCAAUUUUUACAAGGCCGUCUUAGAGAGGCCAGUUAAUUGGAAUUCUUUUACUCUGGAAAGAAUCCACGGCGCCGGGUUUUUUGUCAGAAUGACACUUACUCGCCCCGUCUACCCUCCUCCUGCUGAAAUUGAUCUCUCGAGUCUGAAUGCCCGAGACAGGAGAAAGAUCAAAGAGGCAAACAAAAAGGUCAAAGAUCAGAUUUCCCUAAUCGAGAAAAAUAAGAAAAACGCAACUUCCACCGGGGACGACAAAGUCUACCGGAAAACUCUCCUUGUUAACGAUGGAUCUCUUGAAUGUUCCAAGUCAAUGGCGGUUGCUGUGAACAACGCUCCCUCCCCCAUCCCAGCAGCAGACAAUGUGGUCGCUGCCACCGCUGAGGAAGAAUGCCUUAUAGGUGAUUCUUCUCUCAUGAAAAAGAGGAAGACCGAGGAACUUGAACCCCUGCUCCAGGGGCGUCCCAAAAACACAAGGAAGGGCAGGAACGCUUCUUCGAAUCUGCCUAUUCCUGAAUCUACUGAAACUCAGGAUGUAAAUCCUGAUUCAGGAAUCGUUUUAAAGGAGCCGCUGGGUUCGGGGAUGUUACCCCCUAGACGUCCCCGAGGAAAUACUUCUAGGGUUCGAUCAUCUCCGAGCUCGGGACUUGUUGCCAGAGCUUCAUCCCAAUCAGAUAAAGUGAAGAUUGGGAUCAUGUUUAGGUCCUUCCACACCCGCUUUGGGAAGAAACUCUCGUCCUUUGAGUGGUGGAAGCCUGAUAGGCUAGAGACUGCCCUUGCUGACCAUAACCUCGCAAAGGGCGAGAUUGAGCUUCUGAGAUCAGAGCUUGACAGGGUCAAAACAGCUGCUGAGGAGCUCGAGCGCAAAAAUGAAUCUCUUUCCGAACUCAAAGAUCGAGAUGUUCGCAAGAUAUCUCACAAUACUCGGAAAGAGGUUAAAGGAGCUGGGCAAAAGUUUCUUCUUACUGUGCAGGAAUUUAUUACUACAGAUAAAGCUUGGAACAAACUUAACUCCGAGCGUGAUGAAAUGAAGAGCAAUGUCGAUCUGAUCAAGGAGAUAGAGGACGGAAAGGUCAACUUGGCUGAGGAAAAGGAAACAGUUGGCGCUGAGCUUGCUGAGACUGAAGCUAAGCUAGCUACUGCUCCUCAGCCGUAUUUGAAUUUGCAGCAGUUUGUUUCUGAGUUCGCCGAUUCCCCUCCAUUGACUGAGCCAAAUAUUGGUUUGUCUCUGGACGAGAUGAUGUUAACAGGUUCUCCUCGCGCUCAUUUUAAUGAGUUCGGAACCAAUGGUGACAGAAUCUCCUCGGGACGAGCUCAAGGGUUCUCUGGUCGUGAUCCUGCCAUCUCCUCGAUUAUGGGAGACGGCCUUGAAUCGAAGAGCGAACCUCCUCAAGAUGCUAGCUCGCUUAAUCCUGAGGUGGUUCCCACAACUCAGAACGCUGAUGUCGGGAGUGCUCUUGUCUCAAAUCAAGCAGGAGAUGAAGGUGGUUCGCCUAUGAUUGAAUGA